CCACCCGGUCCUCUUGCGUCCGAGCGUCGCGCGCCCAGGGCCAUGGCCGUGCGCCCCGCGGGCCCCGCGCGUCGCUGCCUGCUGGCGCUCGUGCUCUGCUGCGGCUGGGGGGCGCUGGCCACUGUCGCCCCGAAGCCGGGCGCCGGCUGUCCGAGCCGCUGUCUGUGCUUCCGUACCACCGUGCGCUGCAUGCAUCUGCUGCUGGAGGCCGUGCCCGCCGUGGCGCCGCAGACCUCCAUCCUGGAUCUUCGCUUUAACAGAAUCAGAGAGAUCCAGCCUGGGGCAUUCAGGAAGCUGAGAAACUUGAAUACGUUGCUUCUCAACAAUAACCAGAUCAAGAGCAUACCUAGCGGAGCAUUCGAAGACCUGGAGAACUUAAAAUAUCUCUAUCUGUACAAGAAUGAGAUCCAGUCAAUUGACAGGCAAGCAUUUAAGGGACUUGCCUCUCUAGAACAACUAUAUCUGCACUUUAAUCAGAUAGAAACUCUGGAUCCAGAGUCAUUCCGACAUUUGCCGAAGCUAGAAAGGCUAUUUUUACAUAACAACCGAAUCACACAUUUGGUUCCAGGAACAUUCGAUCACUUGGAAUCCAUGAAAAGACUGCGGCUGGACUCCAACGCGCUUCACUGUGACUGUGAAAUCCUGUGGCUGGCGGAUCUGCUGAAGACCUACGCCCAGUCGGGGAAUGCGCAGGCGGCGGCCACCUGUGAAUAUCCUCGACGCAUCCAGGGGCGCUCGGUGGCCACCAUCACCCCCGAAGAGCUGGACUGUGAAAGGCCCCGGAUCACAUCGGAGCCCCAGGAUGCAGACGUCACCUCAGGGAACACCGUGUUCUUCACGUGCAGAGCAGAAGGCAACCCCAAGCCCGAGAUCAUCUGGCUGCGAAACAAUAAUGAGCUGAGCAUGAAGACAGAUUCCCGCCUCAACUUGCUGGACGACGGGACCUUGAUGAUCCAAAACACACAGGAGACGGACCAGGGGAUUUACCAGUGCAUGGCCAAAAAUGUGGCCGGGCAGGUGAAGACACAGGAGGUCACCCUCAGGUACUUUGGGUCUCCAGCUCGACCCGCUUUUGUAAUCCAGCCACAGAACACGGAGGUGCUGGUCGGGGAGAGUGUCACCCUGGAGUGCAGCGCCACGGGCCACCCUCCGCCGCGGAUCACCUGGACCAAAGGGGACCGCACGCCCCUGCCCGAGGACCCUCGCGUGAGCAUCACCCCAUCUGGCGGCCUCUACAUACAGAACGUCCUGCAGGACGACAGUGGGGAGUACACCUGCUUUGCAUCCAACAGCGUGGACAGCAUCCACGCCGCGGCCCUGAUCAUCGUCCAGGCUCUUCCCCAGUUCACCGUGACGCCUGCAGACAGAGCUGUGAUCGAGGGUCAGACAGUCGACUUCCAGUGCGAGGCCAAGGGCUACCCACAGCCGGUCAUCGCGUGGACGAAAGGAGGGAGCCAGCUGUCCGUGGACAGGCGGCACCUGGUGCUCUCGUCGGGAACGCUCCGGAUCUCGGCUGUGGCUCUGCAUGAUCAGGGCCAGUAUGAGUGCCAGGCCGUCAACAUCAUCGGCUCCCAGAGGGCCGUGGCCCACCUGACCGUGCAGCCCAGAGUCACGCCGGUGUUUGCCAGCAUUCCAAGCGACAUGACGGUGGAGGUGGGCACCAACGUGCAGCUCCCCUGCAGCUCCCAGGGGGAGCCCGAGCCCGUCAUCACCUGGAACAAGGAUGGGGUUCAGGUGACGGAAAGUGGGAAAUUUCACAUUAGCCCCGAGGGGUUCCUGACCAUCCACGAUGUCGGGACAGCGGACGCAGGCCGCUAUGAGUGCGUGGCCCGGAACACCAUCGGGCAGGCCUCCGUCAGCAUGGUGCUCAGCGUGAGCGUUCCUGAUGUCAGUCGAAAUGGGGACCCGUUUGUGGCCACAUCGAUUGUUGAAGCGAUUGCGACCGUGGACAGAGCCAUCAACUCGACCCGCACGCACCUGUUUGACAGCCGGCCCCGAUCUCCCAACGACCUGCUGGCCUUGUUCCGGUACCCGAGGGACCCCUACACCGUGGAGCAGGCGCGCGCCGGGGAGAUAUUUGAGCGGACCUUGCAGCUCAUUCAGGAGCACGUGCAGCACGGCCUGAUGGUCGACCUGAACGGAACAAGUUACCACUACAACGACCUCGUGUCUCCCCAGUACCUGAGCCUCAUCGCCAACCUGUCGGGAUGCACGGCACACCGGCGCGUGAACAACUGCUCGGACAUGUGCUUCCACCAGAAGUACCGCACACACGACGGCACGUGUAACAACCUGCAGCGCCCCAUGUGGGGGGCCUCGCUGACCGCCUUUGAGCGCUUGCUGAAAGCCGUGUACGAGAACGGCUUCAACACGCCCCGGGGCAUCAACCCCGGCCGGCUCUACCACGGGCACGCGCUCCCCAUGCCCCGGCUGGUGUCCACCUCCCUCAUCGGGACGGAGACCAUCACGCCCGACGCGCAGUUCACCCACAUGCUGAUGCAGUGGGGCCAGUUCCUGGACCACGACCUGGACUCCACGGUGGUGGCCCUGAGCCAGGCCCGCUUCUCCGACGGCCAGCACUGCAGCUCCGUGUGCAGCAGCGACCCCCCGUGCUUCUCGGUGGCCGUGCCCCCCAAUGACCCGCGUGUGCGCAGCGGGGCGCGCUGCAUGUUCUUCGUGCGCUCCAGCCCCGUGUGUGGCAGCGGCAUGACGUCCCUCCUCAUGAACUCCGUGUACCCGCGGGAGCAGAUCAACCAGCUCACCUCCUACAUCGACGCCUCCAACGUGUACGGGAGCACGGAACACGAGGCGCGCGCCAUCCGGGACCUGGCCAGCCACCGGGGGCUUCUGCGGCAGGGCAUCGUGCAGCGGUCGGGGAAGCCGCUGCUGCCCUUCGCUGCCGGGCCGCCCACGGAGUGCAUGCGGGACGAGAACGAGAGCCCCAUCCCCUGCUUCCUGGCCGGGGACCACCGCGCCAACGAGCAGCUGGGCCUGACGAGCAUGCACACGCUCUGGUUCCGCGAGCACAACCGCGUGGCCGCGGAGCUGCUCGGCCUGAACCCACACUGGGACGGCGACACCAUCUACCACGAGGCGAGGAAGAUCGUGGGCGCGCAGAUGCAGCACAUCACCUACCAGCACUGGCUGCCCAAGGUGCUGGGCGAGGUGGGCAUGAAGGUGCUGGGCGAGUACCGCGGCUACGACCCGGGCGUCAACGCCGGCAUCGUCAACGCCUUCGCCACGGCCGCCUUCCGCUUUGGCCACACGCUGAUCAACCCCGUGCUGCACCGGCUGGACGAGAACUUCGAGCCCAUCGUGCAGGGACACAUCCCCCUGCACAAAGCCUUCUUCUCUCCCUUCCGCAUCGUGAGCGAGGGCGGCAUCGACCCGCUGCUCAGGGGCCUAUUCGGUGUGGCCGGGAAGAUGCGCAUGCCCUCGCAGCUGCUGAACACGGAGCUCACGGAGCGGCUCUUCUCCAUGGCCCACACGGUGGCCCUGGACCUCGCCGCCAUCAACAUCCAGCGCGGCCGGGACCACGGCAUCCCACCCUACCACGAAUACCGGGUCUACUGCAACCUGUCGUCCGCCCACACCUUCGAGGACCUGAAAAACGAGAUCAAGAACCCCGAGAUCCGGGAGAAGCUGAGACGUUCACUGUGGAGAAAGUGCGUGUAUGGGCAAACCUGGGGAGGUGAGUGCGGACACACGCUGUACUUCCCAUGGGGACAUCGCAUGCCGCGCCCCUUGGCCCGCACUUUCCGCAGCACGUGCUGGGCCCGCUUCCUCUGGACCCGCUGUGGACUCUGCGGCCAGCUUUUCUCAGACUGCAGGACCAGGGGACAGUUCAACGCGUUUUCGCACCACUUCCGAGGCAGGCGGUCUCUGGGGUUCAGCUUCCAGGAGGACGAGCCCACUGGGGAAGCAGGCCCCGGGGGGACCCCGAGAAUCGGGAAACACAGAAAGCAUCCGGGCAAUGCCACGGCCCCCUCCCGUGAGCGCCCUCAAGUACCGGGGACGAAUGACUUCAAGGACUUUGUUCUGGAGAUGCAAAAGACCAUCACAGACCUCAGAGAGCAGAUAAAGAGACUGGAGUCCCGGCUCAGCACGGCGGACUGCACAGAUGCCGAUGGGGAGCCUCACGCCAACGGCGCCAAGUGGAAGCGAGAUGCAUGCUCCAUCUGCGAGUGCCGAGACGGGCAGGUCACCUGCUUCGUGGAGGCCUGCCUGCCUGCCGAUUGCCCAGCGCCCGUGAGAGCCCGUGGGGCCUGCUGCCCGGUCUGCCCAAGAGACGGCACGGGGAAAAAGCCUUAGGCUCGGCGAGGCCUUCGGGGGCCCUCCAUGUCCUCAAGACUGACGGCCGGCACAGGGCGUGCGGACGGGAGGGAUCCCUCUGUCUCAGUGGAGGGCAGGUGCUUAGACCAGAUCAUUCACAGAGGAGAAACCGCGGACACGCGUCCUAACUUCACGUUAGAUUCUCAGGUUUUUAUUUAAUGUUUUUAUUGAAAUAUUGGUGCUACUAUUAAAUUGCACAAUUAAGUCAUUUAGGCUCCUAAAUUCACUUCCCCGGAUACCACCGUUUUCUUCUCGACCGAAAGUGAGUCCCGCUUGGUUCUGACACCUGGAGCUUGCAGACGAGCCCCCGCAGCAAGUGCGCGUCCCGGAGCCACCGGAAGGACGCACGCCACGGUGGAAAGGGAAGAUCAGUGCGUGGCUGACGGACAGACUCAUAGGAGAACUGGGCUGACGGUCUGGGCGGAGGGCACCAGCGUGUCGACCCCGAGCGACGGCCCUGCUGCCCGGUCACCCACUCACCUGCGACUUCCAGCACCUCGUGCACGAGAGUGAGAUGAAGCCACGUGCAGAAAUGCAGAAACAGGUUGGUUUUCACUAGGGCUUGUGUGACGCUGCCCGCGUGGACCAAAUGUGAAGCCCGUUCCUACUGAAGGCGCACGUCCAUGUUGGCAGCACCCGCUGGGCUCUGUUCCCGGCCAAGCACCGAGGGCUUCUCCCCACGGAGGGACUUCCUACCUUCAGGUCGUGUGAGUGCCUUAAAGAAACAAAAUCGACCCCUUUACCUCAUUUGUAUUUUCAAAUGCAUGACGUUUUGCCCAUGUUUCAGGUGUCAGGAAUGGUAGAAAAAUCACUUCCCCUAUGCAAAAGUUGUCUUAGAAUUCAGAGAAAAGCAACUAUCAUACCUCAUGGUCUCUCUCUUCUUAAUCGACCGGAAACCUCCUGUUUUGUUCUGGAUACGAAGUGAUGUGUCCUGAGAAGCGUGUCCCUGAACAUGCAAGCUCAGUUCGGCAAGCAUGUGGUCGAGCGCCCACCGCGUGCGGGCGCCGAGCUGAGCACAGAUGCGGGGCCCCUGCCCUGCCCGGGAGGACCCCCGAGGACACAGGUGGUCUCAGUUUGUGCUGGCAAGUCCAGGGUGGGGCGCUGUGGGGUGGCCAUGACCGCGGCGGCCGGAAGGCAGGUCUCCUGGUGGUCGGGCAUGUGGUGAGCAGGGUCAGAGCCCGAUCUGGCCCGGCGCGGGCAUCCUUCUGGAAGCAGGAGCCACCAGGCUCUGUGACCAGGCUGCCAUGCCUGCGGGGUGGGGUGAACACUCCAGUCGUGAGAGUGUCCGCGGUAGCUUUAAACACGGCCAACUUGACUUCUUGUCCUCGGAACGUUGAAUGGUAAACACAAGCUGGUGUCUCGGGUGUGGGACUUCUUUGGAGAUACCAGGUCACGUUUAAUAACCAAAUCUUAGAACUGAUUUCUGUCAGCGAGAGAGUGGAUAACCGUGUGCACAGCGUGAUGGUUAUGGAAGUUGCUCAGGUAUAAGAUGACCGCGCACCCCACGUUCUGAGAGUCUGGUGUCUGGGGGCGGCCGUGUGGCUUUGCUACAGAGGGUUAGAACGCAUGGCUGGGACCGCGUUCUCUCGGCGGAAGGAGGGGUGUCUGCGACUCACGGUGAGGGUCUGUAACUGCAGCGUGAACGUCGCGGGGUCCCCGGUUUCAUCUCACAUGCAGUGUCUGAGCUGCAGGCAGGGCCCGGAGGGACCCGCGGCUGGGCGGGGGGUCGCGGCCACGCGAAGCGAGUGUACAUAUUUAUUUAGUUUCUAACUGUUGCCAACAGCCAAGUGCCUUUCUGUGUUCAUUGUAAUCAGUUCAUUACCAAAGAAACGUUUGCACUAUGUAACGAUGCCGUCAGUUCAAAUAAAUGGGCCACGUUUUCAGAUGGA